ACCUGCUGCUGGGGGCGGGGGAUGGUGGCAGGUGUCAGCCCUGCGGGGGGGCCCAUUUCCCAGCCCCCCUGCCCUGUGGCGCGGGGCCAGGCUGCUCCCCGCCUGUGUCCCUAGCUGGGGGGGGGGCUGGAUCGGGUCCAACCCCCCAUUUCCCCAGGCCCCAUUGCGGGGGAAAGAAACUUUUCAAGUGUCUUUAAAAAUCCCAGCGACUCCUGGCUCCCUCCUGCCGAGCCGGCCCCCCCCGCCCCCCCCCAGGCGAACGCAGACAUCGGGGAGGGGGGAGAGGGCUGGAGCCAACUCAGCUCCCCCCUCCCCGCUGGGCCCCUCGGGAGGGGAAAGGCUGAAGCCGGUUUCUGGCUCCCUGCGGGCCCUUCCCCCUGCUGAGCCGCUUAGUCAAGCCGGCUCUCAUUCCUCGGCUGCUCGAGAUUCCCCGUAUUCCUGCCCUGGGGCGCUGCCCUCGGGGAUGGGGCGCCGUGGGGCGUAAAGAUCCCGCCGGCGUCUGGGUGGGCCAGAGGCAGCAGAACAGACUUGGGGGGUUGGAUCUGGACAUUUCUCCUAGUGGGGUUAGUUGCCCCUGGCCCGGCGCUGAUCCACCCCCCGCCCAGGCGCGGGCCACGUUCUAGUGGCGGUUUGGUCUGGGUUUGGGCGGGGAACUAGGGGAGAGUGGAUGGUGCUGGAAGGACCCACCCGAAGUGCGGCUUGAGCCUGCUGGGGAAGGCGGGUUGGGCCGCGUCCCCGCCGGGAAGAUGAACCUCGUUCUGGGGCCGUACGGCGAGGGCGCGGAGACGCUGCUUCACGGGGAGUUUGGGGCUUACCCCUCCAAGGGGUCCCGCUACGCCCUCAGCCUGACCCGGACGGCGCUGCACAUCCAGCGGCUGGUGCCCAAGCCGGAGACGGACCAGCGCACCGUGGUGCCCCUGGCCGAGGUGGUGGGUUGCCACACGCUGCGUAGCCGGGCGCCGGCCGACCGGGCGGCGUAUUUCUCUGUCUACGCCUACCCGCUGAAGAAGAGGAAGGUGGCGGUGGGGUCGGGGCGCGGGCGGCAGAGGGCGGCGCGGACCUUCCAGGUGGAUGGGGCCGACGACUACGAGAAGAACCAAGCGGUGGCGGAGAAAUGGGCGGCUGCCAUCAAGUGCCUGGUGUUGGGCAUCCCCAUCUCCAGCGACACAGACAUCGCUCCCAGCCUCCUGCCGCGCCCGCGCCGGCUGCUGCUCCUGCUGAACCCGUUUGGGGGCAGGGGCCUGGCCCUGCAGUGGUGCCAGACCCACGUGCUGCCCAUGAUCACGGAGGCGGACAUCAGCUUCAACUUGAUCCAGACGGAGAGGCCGAACCACGCCCGGGAGCUGGUGAAGGGCAUCAACCUGGCAGAAUGGGAUGGGAUCGUCGCCGUCUCAGGGGAUGGGCUCCUAUACGAGGUUCUCAACGGGCUCAUGGAGCGCCCCGACUGGGAGCAGGCCAUCAAGAUGCCGAUUGGGAUUUUACCGAGUGGUUCGGGGAACGCAUUGGCCGGAGCCAUCAACUGUAACGCCGGCAGGCUGGAGCAGGUGCUGGGUCUGGAGCUGCUGCUGAACUGCGCCCUGCUGCUGUGCCACGCGGCCGUCACCCCCCUGGACCUGGUGGCCGUCACCACGGCCUCGGGCGCCCGCUGCUUCUCCUGCCUCAGCGUGGCCUGGGGCUUCGUCUCGGACGUGGACAUCGAGAGCGAGAAGUACCGGCACAUGGGCGCCGCCCGCUUCACGCUGGGCACCCUGGUGCGCCUGGCCUCCAUGCACACCUACCGCGGGCGCCUCGCCUACCUGCCUGCCGCCGACGCCCCCGCCCACCGGCCCAUCUCCCGCAGCAUCACCGUGGCCCCCAACGGCCGCCUGCCCCUGCAGCGCCUGCCCCUGCACCGCGCCCUGUCCGACAUGGGGCUGUGCGAGGAGCGUCACGCCUUCCGGGGGGCCGAGCCGGCCCCCACGCCCUGCCCCUCGCCCGGCUCCCCGCCCCCCUCCUCUGCCUCCGUCCUGCCCCCGCCCAGCUUCUCCUUCGAACCCGGGCCGGGGGAGCUGCCGGCCGGCGGGCCGGGCGAGGCCCAGGUGGGCGGCCCCCCGGACGAGCUGCUGGUGCCGCUGGGGCAGCCGGUGCCCGGCUCCUGGGUGACGGUGGAGGACGACUUUGUGCUGGUGCUGGCCAUCUACCAGAGCCACCUGGGGGCCGACCUCUUCGCCGCCCCCUUCGCCCGCUUCGACGACGGGCUCAUCCACCUCUGCUUCAUCAAAGCCGGCAUCUCCCGCGCCGCCCUGGUCCGCGUCUUCCUGGCCAUGGAGAAGGGCAGCCACUUCGAGCAGGAGUGCCCCCACCUUGUCCACGUGCCCGUCCGGGCCUUCCGCCUGGAGCCCCUCACCCGCAAGGGCAUCCUGACCGUGGACGGCGAGCGGGUGGAAUACGGCCCCAUCCAGGGCCAGGUGCACCGGGGCCUCGCCAGACUGAUCACCGGCAUCGACCGCCUCAAGAUCGCCACCGGCUGAUGCCCCCGGCUGGGUGCGGAGAGGGGGGGGCCAGGCCCCUCUCCAGCCAGCUUGGUGCGGGGGGGAGCAGGAAACGGCUGACAGGGGCCGUGCCGCCCCCCCCCCUCCGCUCCUGGCGGCAGCGGGGACUGACCGCCCGGCGCCUGCCUAAAGCUGCCUAUUUAUUGCUUUGAUCCUGGCAUCACCCACUGAAUGAAUGUAAGGCAGGGGCGUGACCCCUGGGGGAGGGGGGGGUCUCCCACCCUGGGGGGGUCACAGGAGGGAAAGGCCCUUUUUCACCCUCCCCCCCCAAUCCCGCGUCCAGGGGGCGCUAGGGAGUCGCAACCGGGGCACGUUUCCACUGCCUGCCACGGAGGGGGAGGCUGUGCCCGCGGGGGGAGCCCCGGGGCUGGUGCCUCCAGCCACGGGGGGGAGUGGGAGGGGGUGGCAGGCGUCCCAGCAGGCGCUGCAGUACCUGUGCGCCCCCCCCACAUGUGUGCAGCCUGGUGUCUCCCCCUGGGGGCUGGAGGUGGGGCUGCAGGCAAGAUGCCCCCAUCACACGCGGGGGAGGGGGCGUGGCUUUGCGGACCAGUUGCUGAUCUCGGUGGUGCGGUCAUGCUGGCUGGCUGCCCCUGCUCUAACCACUAGCGCCCCCCUCCCCCCUGAGCCAGGAUAGAACCCAGGAGUCCUGGCUCCCAGUCUCCACCCCACCCCCGCUCUAAUCACUAGACCCCACUCCCCUAUGUGAGCAGCAGGUACAAUUUUUGGAGGGGGGGGGGUCUACUGGGGGGUGGGAGCCAUGACUCCUGGGGUCUUUUCCUGCCUCUGGGAGGGGAGUGGAGCCUAGGGGGUGAGGGCAGUGGUGGGCAGGUACGUGCCUCAGUUUCCCUCUAUCGCAGAGGCUGGCAGGCUGGCCCCCCUCCGCUGGCCAGGUGCCAGGUGCACCAGAGCCCGGCGGGAAGGGGCAGGGCCCAGCAAAGGCCGCACGCUGGAGAUUUCUUUGCACUAAAACCUCUGUGCUCUGUGAGGGGGGAGGCCUGGUGGGCUGUGGGGGAGGGGGGAAGAGAUGACAAUGUCUGUCUGUCCUGUGUGUCCUACUAGUUGCUGCUACUAACAGCCUCCCCCCCCCCCACCAGUAACUUUGAUGUGAGCAAGAAACUAGAAUGAGCUGAAAUUGAUCAGAUCCAUGGGCCCAUCUACCCUGGUGUCCCCCCCUGCCCUGUCCAGAUCAGCCCCAUGGGCCCAUCUACCCUGGUGUCCCCCCGGCCCUGUCCAGAUCAGCCCCAUGGGCCCAUCUAUCCCAGUAUCUGACCUUUUUCCCCCAUCAGCUCCAUGAACCCCUUUCCCCUGCUGUCCAGCAAGGCAGUGGGAGGAGCAGCUCUGACUUCCCCCGCAAUGCAGUGGGAGGCAAUUUCUCCCCCUGCCCCCCAGGUGCCUUGCUAAGCGGGGGGGCACUGGCAUCAGGCCCUGUGUGUUAACCCUGCGUGUGCCACGGCUGCCCUCGCUGUUCCCACGUCUCGUCCCUGUUGAAGUGAUUUAGACCUAUGCAAUAAAGCAAGAGCAUGAGGCCUCUGGGCCGCGCCCUUCAUUCAGCUGCUGGGCUGCGGGUCGGGAGUGAGGGGCACUGGCACAGUUGCUGUGGGGGAGCCCAGGGCCGGGCUAGCAG